AUGACGUACGAGGCUUUAGGUUUGUUACUUUACUUUUCUACAUGCCGACCACCACGUCGCAGGAGGCAAACACCGGCCUGUGUAGGCUUGCCCUGCAACCUACAUGCACUGAAAGAGAAGGGCAUUGAUUCUGCGACCUUCUCUCUGCGAUGCUUGCUCGCGUCCGCGUCUUCUUCCGUCGCAUUUUUGGGAGAUUUGGACUACUGGACAACUUAUAUUAUCAAGUUACUGACCCAAUUCGAAGAGUUUCCAGCACAUCGUCCAUUUCGAAUUGCAUUUAAUCUCAUUUGGCCACUGCACCGAAUCCACUAUGCCCUUCCACCAUCCCCUGCACCUCUUGACAUCCUCGCACGCCGUGAGAUAGCUCAAGAAUACCUGUAUCGAGACGGACACUAUGAUCAACUCCGCUCGGUAUGGGUCUUUACCAUCCGUGAUACCCCUAUUCGUUCCAUAUACCGCCUGUGCGUCUCAGUUUGUGCCCAAGACCACAACGAGAUCAUGCUCGAAUCUCAGUACUUUUGGAGGCAUAAAGAUUGGGUGAUUCGCGAUAUCCCGGAUCCGAGGGACCCAGACCGGGUUCGGUAUGCGAUGCUUGCAUCGAUAGUCGAGGAGCUAGUGGCUGCGUUCAAUUAUAAGAUCGGACUCGGGCUGCGCCGAGGGACUGCAAUAUACGAUAGCGAGGCAAUUGCCAACGAACAAACCCGACCGGAGGAAAGCUGUCCGGAAUGGGUUUCACAAGUAUCCGGAGUCGAUAACUUGGUCAAUUUUUGUCGAGAAGGCGAUCAGGGAAUGCCUGCUUUCCGAGAGAGGAACAUCAUCGCCGAUGUCAGUCAAUUCCGUAAUAUUUAG